ACAUGACACAACUGAAGUUGUAGCGGCAAAUGUGGCUCAAAAUUUGAUUUAGGACACAAGUCUGAGUACUAGUUAUGGUGUUCUGGCAUUAUUUUGAAUCCCCUUAUUCGAAUUUCCAACUCCAUCACUAGUCACACGGGUAUAAGAAUUAUAUAUUGAGGUUGGUUCUGAUAUUAUGUGAAGGAUACAAACGCCAUGCAAAACCUUAAAGGCAAUGAAUGAAGCACUCUAAAAAAAAGGGCAGCUCAGUGCACAAGGCAUCUCAUGUUCACGCAGGGCUCGGGAAAGGGCCGCACCCCAACUGUGAUGUAGACAGUCAACCCUAAUGCAAGCAUUAGUGACUGCUUCCACGACUUUUAUAAAUGGAUCUUUACACAAAUAGCCAGUCAUAUUCCCAUUUGAAAAUUCAUAAGGCUGGGUUUCAAAUCUCAAUAUAGAAAAUGCAGGAGGAAAUUGUAUUUGUUUGUAAAACUGGCUAGACUUCUUGGAAAUUCACAAACUGCACCAACCCUUUUUCUCUUUUUAAUUUCAUUUGGUGGGGAAUGGGGUUUUAGAAAAGCCAGAGGGUAUUGAGGGGACCGCAAGUUAAUGUUAGCGGCAAAUUCGUGUAUAUUGAACUUAGAAGCAAUAUAUUGCUUUCCAUGUAAACUUUCCCAAAAAAGUAUAAUUUUAACUUCUAAAAGAGAAAAAAACAGGGGCCAGCAUCUGCAUAUAAUAAUCUCAACUCCAAGACCUCAUCAUUAAUAUCUCCUUAAACUUCCCCAUUACACAGCUAAAUAACUCAUCAAAAGAAUAAUUAAUAAAUUAAAAGGAGAGAAAAAGGUGAGAAGCACUCAAUUCCAAGAGGGAACCAAAUCAAAAUUGAAGGAUGAGAAGAAAGAAUAAGAAGUAUCUCAGACAAAGUAGUCAAACUUUUACAGCCCAAGAAAACAAAAUCUAGGGCCUUCAUAGAAUAAAGAGCUAUAUAAUUAAAAAUACUAUUAAAGAAAAAAAACUGAAGAUUUCUCCCUAAUUAUCAUUUUAUGUGCAGACACCCUUUUUGAUUCUUGAAAGGUCUGCAGACUAAAUCUUUAUGAAUAGGAAAGUGUAAUGUUUAAGGCCAACUCAUUAACUUCUCGUGUUUGCUUUUUCUUUUCAUUUAGACUUAGGAAUUCCCUUUUUUCCCUUUCCACUUUUUCAAUUCCAGCAUUUCUCUGCUUCCUUUAAAUAAUGAAUAUGGCAGAUUCUCCAAUCAUCUCCUCCACUCUGUAGCAAACACACAUAAUUGCCCCCAACAACCAAUCCUUUUCACUAUAUAGACUCCUAUGUCCUAACCCCUUAAGCUACUCACUUCCUUAUUUUACCUUCUUGAAUUCACUUCCAAUACAUAUAACCAUCAAUAUUUUGUCACCUUUUCUUCUCUUCUAACUUACCAUCUUCUUCUUUUUCAAUCUUUGUGAUGAAUCAUUCUUCCUCUACAACUUCUGUUAAUGGUUUCUACAACUUCCUCACUAGAGGACUUGACAAUCUUGAUCACUUAUUCCUGUCUCAGAACUUCAUGUCUUUCCAUUUUCUUCAACAUGUUUUGUCAACUUUGAGAUCUUUUCAUUCCCAGUUAACAUUUCUGGUUCAAAAACUACAUUUGCCUGUUGGAGAGAAAUGGCUUGAUGAGUACAUGGAUGAAAGUUCAAGACUUUGGGAAGCUUGCCAUGUUCUCAAAUCAGCAAUCUCCAGCAUGGAAAAUUAUUACACUUCUGGUGCCAAUUUAGCUUCUUCUUUUGAUGAUCACAACAUUUUAAAUCCUCUGCUUUCCCGCCAGGUUAUUCGCGCGAUAAAUAGAUGUCAAAGAGAAAUAGUAGCACUUGAAGAAGAAAACAAGAGCUUAAUGGAAACAAGAAUGCAAGAUUUAUCAUUGAGGUUCGACGAAAAUAUUAUGAUAGGAUCAAAAUUCAAUGGAUUCAGUGGCUUUAGAGGGGUGCUUUAUGCAAUGAAGAAUGUCAGCUCAUUGCUUUUGGCCAUUUUGGUAAGUGGACUUGUAUAUUUUUGGCCAGAGACAAGUUUUUACCAAGGGAAUGGUCAUGAAGGGAACAUGGUUUUCGGUUCAUCUUUUAUGGUUUCAACUUCAAGAUUGCAUCAGAGAGUAGUAGCAGAGGUGAAUCAGGCAGAAGGGCAGCUGCCCGGAAUCCUACUUUUCGAGUAUCAAAGAGCAAGAGUAGCUAUGGCUGAGCUGAAAAUGGAACUAGAAAGAGCCAAGGAGUGUGGAUUAGUAUUAACACAAAUUGAUAUCCAAGACAAGAUUGAAAACUUGAAAGAUUGCUUUGGAAUGUUGAAAUGUGGGGCAGAAAGCAUCAUUGGACAACUUGAUGACUUCUUUGAUGAAAUAGUAGAAGGAAGAAAGAAACUUUUGGAUAUGUGCACUCAUAGGUAAAGACAACAAAGAAAGAACAAAUGGAGAAAGAUGUGUGCAGCCAUAGCCUUAGAGAUUGUAGAAGUGUAAGGAAUAACUUAGUGGAGUAGUUUCUUUUCUUUUUUUUAAAUAUUUUGGCUCUACUUCUUUUUAUCCA